AUGCCAUUGCUGUGGUUCUAUCUCCGUCUCGAUUCUCGCAAAUACAUGCGCUGGGUCGUCUUCUUCGUCAUAUUCUUCAACGUCGGAUUAUCCCUUGCGAGCUUCAUCGGCGCACUGGCGGGCUGCAGCCCUCCAUAUCUAUUUUGGACUAACCCAAAGUCUAGCGCCUGUAUGUCGCUGGAACUACAGCAACGCUUCUACGAGGUCAAAGGCAUCUUGAAUAUCACAGCGGAUAUCUUGACAUAUCUAUCCCCAGUUCCAAUGCUCUAUGGGCUCCAGUUGACUUGGCGCAAGAAAGAGGCUAUUCUAGGUAUCUUUGGGCUAGGUAUCUUGUCCAUUGCUGCGGCCUGCGUCCGCUAUGAUUUUGUCACGAAACUAUCCUCCGCCAAAGAAGAGUAUUACCUUCUUUUGGCAGACUCCCUCAAUUGGUGCACAAUUGAGGCUUACGUUGCUAUCUUCUGCGGCUGCCCUCCCCCACUCUCUGUCCUGAUCAAAACCUAUGCCCCGUCUAUGUUCGGUUCCAGCGCUGCCAAAUACCCAAGUAGCGCGCAGUCGCCCGGAGCAACCUAUCCGCAGCGACGGAACCCUCUGAAGAGUAAUCGGCGGUGGGGACUAGGCGAUAUGACACUAGGUAGUCAGGAUCCCAUUGUCACUGUCAGCAAACCCGACCAGGAUCAGGAUGGAAUCAUGAUGAAGACGGAUAUACAGAUGGAUGUGGCGAUGCGAAAGUUGAUAGAGGAUAUGACUUAUAGGAGAGAGUAUUAUGAUUUUGCGAAAAGGACAUGA